AUGAGUCGACAAACGCCACGAAAGCAGCGACACAGCCGUCAGCCUUCGAACCGUAUACCAGCCGUUUCAGACUACGAAUCUGAUGCCGCAGCCAUACAUACCGACUACGCGCCACCGCCUCCUCGCACAAACACUGAACUCAACCUUUCUGUGCUCCAGCGCUAUCUGCCCUCUAUCCACACCAUCCUCAGCAUAGCGGCCAACGCUGUUAUCUACACCUUUAGCAGCACUUCCGAGAGCUGGGAGAAGUCUGGCGUGGAGGGCACCAUGUUUGUCUGCGCGCAAAGUCCAUCUCCCGAGGAUCCUGCCCAACAACCACGAGCCUGUGUGUUUGUCCUCAACAGAAGAGGACUAGAGAAUGUGAUUGUGGAUCUUUCACGGGUGUCCCAUGCUGAAGUUUCUGGUGAGCUUGUCAUUAUAAAGGUCGAGGGCGACUGGGAGGAGGGCGACAAGGUCCUGGGAGUGUGGAUCCACAACGACAAGGAUGAGACGAGAGAGAUGAACGCCGCUAUUAUCCAAGAAGCUUGGAAGAUUGCGCGCUCUGCCGGUCCUGUCGAAACAACACAAGGACCUGAAGCCGGCCCCGCCAUGCAGGCGAUGGGCAGACGACUGAAGGUUAUGAAGCCAAAGGAGUUGGGCUCAAAGAUUGAGGAGCCAGAAGCAAAUGUGACAAAGGACAAGGGUUCCAAGGGCAAAGACUUGAAGACUAGAAACUCCGGGAAUACGGAUUCAAAGAUCGAUAUGCCGGAGGUUCAGCUGCCAGCUGAGGAGAAGCCUGAGUCUGCGGGAUCUGAAUCUGACAUCAAUACCGACUAG